AUGCCGUCUAGUUUCUUCAGAUUGUUCAGGGCCGAGGCAGAAACUUCGAUGCCUGACGUUGACAAGCUGUCUCUUGUAGAAGAGGCCCUCGCAUCGAGCGUUGGUGGCGCAUCGGUCGGGUUGCUGAAUAGCCCUGAACUAGCCAGUGUUAUCGAAGAGUGCAGAGCGGACGUGACGCGUAUAGCCAAACAAUGUAGGGCAAGGAAUGUCCGGUAUCGAGAUAUGGACUUCGAUGUCGAAAAUGACCAAGACCGAUGUCUGAACGGGCUCGUUCUAGGCGAUGUGUACAAUCCUUCCGAUGUCCAGCGCGUCACCGAGCUUUUCGACAACCCGAAAUUCUUCAGCGAUGACCGGCAUUCGAACGAGGUCAUACAGGGGCAAAGAUGCUCUAAUUGUUGGUUUAUAUCCGCGUUGGCCGCGACGUCGACGCUCAAGUCGCAGAUUGUCGAAAAGUACUGUGUCGCGCGCGACGAGCAAAUCGGUGUCUACGGAUUCGUCUUCUGGCGCGAUACGAGAUGGGUCAGCAUAAUUGUCGACGAUCUUCUUUACACUUCGAUCCCCAAAUAUGAAGAGCUGUCGAUACCCGAGAAGGCGCUAUUUCAAAACGACAAGGAGAAAUAUAAUACGUCUGCCCGCAAGGGCAACAAGACACUCUUCUUUGCCAAGUCGGGGAACAUUGGAGAAACUUGGGUUCCACUGCUUGAGAAGGCGUAUGCGAAAUUGCAUGGCGACUAUGGCUCCUUGUACAGUGGUUACGCCAGUGAGGUAUGGAAUCGAAGACUUGACUGGGGGCGUAUCGAGCUUUAUUCAAUGCAAGUCGUGUGCUUACGCAUGCUCAACCCAAUCCAGGACAUCCUCGACAAGGACACAUUUUGGACAGAGGAGCUGCUCAAGUCGAAUCGCGACCGCCUCUUUGCGUGUUCCUUCCACGGCUUGAACCCCACGCGGAAUGGCAAUUUCAAUGCGACCAUAAGCGGUCUGUGGGGAAACCACUCGUAUGCCGUCCUUCGUGCCCUCGAAUUUGGCGGGAAGCGAUUCCUUGUGCUGCGCAAUCCAUGCGGCCAGGCCGAAUGGAAUGGCCCCUGGUCGGAUGGCUCUAAAGACUGGACGCCGGAAUGGAUGGAAGCGCUACCUGCGCUGGGCCACGUUUUCGGAGACCCGGGAAAGUUCAUCAUGGAAUACAAGGAUUUCCUUUUGUGUUUUGAACAGAUUGAUAGAACAAGAUUAUUUGAUAGUUCGUGGACUGUCCGCUCCCAGGUCGUGAGGGUAUCGCACCCACGCCCGUUCCCUGAAUCGGGUCUUGGAUAUGGCGAUGUUUGCUUCACUUUCUCCCUCUCAACGGCUACUGCCGCAGUCAUCGUCUUGUCCCAACUCGAUGUCAGGUUCUUCAAAGGUUUAUCGCCGGCUUGCUAUUGGAACUUCGACUUUGUCUUGUAUCGCAGGGGGCAGAAAGCGGCGGUGGACACGUCCCCGCACUCACGUUACACGUCGCGGAGCGUGAGCCUGGAGUUUGCUGAAUUGGAGGCCGGGGAGUAUAUUGUCCAUUGUCGGCUGGACAAAGUACCGUUCACGGACAAGACCAACCAUGAAGAGUGGAGCCAGAGUAAGGUGACGCGGGUCGUGACCCAGCGGGCAGAAAGCGAGUCGGUUGCGACAAAUGUUGAGAUUGAUUGGCAGGAAAAGAAUGUGCCAAUUCCUUUGCGGAUACUGGCGGGACAAGACCUUGCCGAUCUCUGCCGCAAAGCGGACACUGCGAAAGCCCAGAGGAAAAGGACUUCACAAGACUCUAGCGAACGUGACAGCUCCGACGAUGUGUCGACUGAGGGGACCAAGGUGAACGACGAAGCGCCAGGUAUGACCACAACAAUCACGACAAUCAAGACCGUCAGAACUGGGGUGAAGAUAAUGACGGACACCAAGGAGGUCGUCCUGUUUGGCAGGGGCCCGCCUCCAUCUGAAGAGGAGGACAAUGAUGAUGAUGACGAAGAAGAAAAGGAAACCAGAUCAGAGCCGACUCCGGACAGUGCAGCCCCGUUUAUUGGGCUCAAGGUGUACACGCCUGCAGUCGUGGAUGUUGUCGUGAAGGCGCAACUACGGCAUGAUAUGCGGUUGAGUUUCGCGGGACUGAAGGUGGAUGAAUGGAAACUGUUUGGGUUAUGA